AUGUCUUCCCGCAACAGCUCCCAGGAGAAGAGGCCAGCGCAGACCUACGAGUCUGACGCCGAGGACGCGUCCUCGGACGAGCAGUACCAGCCCCAGCCCCAGCAGAACCGCCAGAUGCAGCGCCGGCGGCCGCGCCAGCAGACGCAGCAGACGCAGCAGCAGCAGCAGCAGAGCGGCGGCGGGCCCCUCGACGGCGUGGGCCUCGGCGGCGUGACCGACACGGCCGGCGGGCUGGUCAAGGGCGCGACGGGCGCCCUCGGCGGCGUCGCGGGCAACCAGGCGUCCGAGGGCGGCGGCAAGGGCAAGAGCGACACCCUCCGCCUGCGCCUCGACCUCAACCUCGACGUCGAGAUCACGCUCAAGGCCAAGAUCCACGGCGAUCUUGAGCUGGCGCUCCUGUACGUAUACAUUCUUUCUCAUCCCCCUCCCCCCAUUCUUCCGCCUCGUACACCGUGGCCCCUGGCCCCCUCCAUGUCCUCUCGUAUUUGUCUGCUCCCACCCCCCUCCAACCUCGUCAUGUGUGUGUGCCUUGAAUAA